AUGUUUUCGGGGUGCCAUGUUUGGUUCGCUAACCAGCGCAAAAAGUGUCACAACCUGCGCUGGGGUUCCUGUAUCGGAAGGCCAAAGGUGUCCGCUGCCGAGUUUGCGGUCUUCGAUCAGGGCAGCUGGACGCCAGAUACACCGCGCCACCAAAGUUUACCCAGAAGGAUACUGGGGCGUUUCAUGUCCGACAAUAGCGUGGACGAUAAAACUGAGCAGAUGGCCUUGAAACAGAUGCUGAAAGAACAUGGCUUAUACAACAGACACCAGACAGUGCAACAACGGCGGCGUUUGAAACAACUUUUGGAGCUUGAACGGGGCGAAUCCCGACUCAGCGAUGACCGUGGCGAUACAUCAAUAGUGAUGCAUUCGUUAGAAUCUGGGAAACAAACCUGCACGGUUGAUGUGCAUCAGCAAAAUUCACUGCUCUUUCCGGCAUCAGACAAUGCCAUAUGUUGUCCAGUAUACACUACGAAGGUGCAAGAAAACGCCCAACACCUACGACGAGUCACGUCCUUGCCGUCAGUUUUCCCUACUGGUUCAACGAAAUGGUCACUGAACGCGGCACCGGUUUCACAGCCCGCCAUGUUGGAGGAAUCCAUGAAGACCAAAUGCUUGAAAAAGAUUUCCUGGAAACAGACCGGUCAUACCGAAAUGACUUCGUCAUACUUGGAAACUGCCGUUUAA